CUUGAACCUAAACGACGCCGUUUGAUGCCGCAGAACCAAAAUUAAUUACAGGCUUUGGUCUCGCCUAAACUCCGAGCUCAAAAUUUCAAGACUGCCUCAGUAGAACAAAAAUUUUCUCAAAGAAAUCGUUUCAGAUUUGUCUUUCACCAACAUUUUCCCGUCAAAUCUCUUCCUUUUUCUCUUUGUACCCCGUACUAAUUCGAUCACCGAAGAAAGAACCGAAAUAGAAGAAUAAGAAGAAUAGAGAAAUGUCAGUGCAGGAGUAUCUAGACAGGCACAUGCUUUCUCGGAAAAUCGAGGAGGCCGUCAAUGCCGCCGUUAGGGCCAAAACUCCCGAUCCCGUUCUCUUCAUCUCUAAUCACAUGAGAAAAGCGGUUCCUUCUGUUAUAACGAAGAUACGAGCUAGACAGAUCCUUGAUAGCAGAGGGAUUCCAACUGUUGAAGUUGACUUGUAUACUAACAAAGGCAUGUUUCGUGCUUCUGCUCCUAGCGGGGAUGUUACUGGCAUGUAUGAAGCUGUUGAACUGCGUGAUGGGGACAAGGGAACAUAUCUUGGGAAUGGUGUGACAAGAGCUGUUAAGAAUAUUAAUGAGAAAAUCUCUGAAGCAUUAGUUGGGAUGGAUCCAACACUUCAAUCUCAGAUUGAUCAGGCAAUGAUUGACUUAGAUAAAACUGAAAAGAAGGGUGAUCUUGGAGCAAAUGCUAUUUUAGCUGUAUCAAUUGCUGCGUGCAAAGCUGGAGCUGCUGAAAAGGAGGUUCCACUUUACAAACACAUUGCUGAUCUUUCCGGCAAAACCAGCCUGACUCUUCCUGUCCCUUCCUUCACCGUCAUAAGUGGUGGUAAACAUGCUGGGAAUAAUCUAGCAAUUCAGGAAAUUACGAUUCUCCCAGUUGGUGCAAAUAGGUUUGCUGAGGCACUGCAAAUGGGCUCGGAGACAUAUCAUCACUUAAAGGCUGUUAUUACAGAAAAGUAUGGUGAACUUGGAUGUAAUGUUGGCGAAGAUGGUGGUUUUGCUCCAAACAUCUCCAGUGUUCAAGAAGGCUUGGAUCUUGUUAAAGAGGCCAUCAACAGAACAGGGUAUAGCGAUAGAAUAAAGAUAGCAAUUGAUGUUGCUGCUACUGCUUUCUGUAUAGGUACCAAGUAUGAUUUGGACUUCAAAUCUCCUAAUAGGUCAGGGCAAAAUUUCAAGUCAGGAGAUGAUAUGAUUGAGAUGUACAAAGAACUAUGUAACGAGUACCCAAUUGUUUCAAUUGAAGAUCCAUUUGACAAGGAGGAUUGGGAACAUAUCAAGUAUUUCUCAAGCCUUGGACUCUGUCAGGUGGUAGGGGAUCGCUUAUUAAUGUCAAAUCCAAAACGUAUUGAGAGAGCAAUCAAUGAGUCCACUUGUAAUGCUCUUCUCCUCAAGAUAAACCAGAUUGGGACAGUAACAGAGGCCUUGGAAGUAGUGAAACUGGCAAAGGAUGCCCACUGGGGAGUAGUGGCUUCUCAUAGAUCUGGGGAAACAGAUGAUUCUUUCAUAGCUGAUUUAUCUGUUGGGCUGGCCACUGGUCAGAUCAAAGCAGGUGCUCCAUGCAGAGGAGAGCGACUAGCAAAAUAUAACCAGUUGCUUCGUAUUGAGGAAGAACUCGGUGAGCAAGCAGUUUAUGCUGGUGAAGAUUGGAGGCUGACCUGAUCUUUGUUUUCGUUCACACAUUUUUUGGGAUCUCCAUUGCAUUCCUUGAGGCAUCAAAAGUAGAUAUCCUGGUAUAUUGAGCAACUUUGUGUUCUUAUGUAAAGGUCUUAAGCUUCUUUUUGGCUUUGAUGUGUGCUUCCGGAUUCUACUAUUUGAUUUUUGAGAAAAAUGAAGCAUGUUGAAGAAUGUGCAAUUGAAUCUGCCGGAUUCCUUUGAUAGAGUUACCGAGUACGAUUAAAUUGAUAGCUCAAAGUCCAUUACUUUCCAAUAUUUUGAUUAAAUGGCUCUAGCUACUAUACUAGUGCAACAACUUCAAUUGAUUAAUUGUGUAUUUCAAUGGAAUAUGAUAAGUGAGAUUUCGAGUAGGUGGUUACAUCAGGUU